AUGGCGCCGAGUAUUCGAAAAGCGAUCGGAGCGGUUAAGGAUCAGACGAGCAUCGGGAUCGCGAAAGUGGCGAGCAACGUGGCACCAGAUCUAGAAGUAGCGAUCGUGAAAGCCACUAGCCACGACGACGAUCCCGCGAGCGAGAAGUACAGGCUUGAAUUAGCUCUGUUUGAGAGAAAAGGUGGUGUGAAGGUGAAGAGUGGUGGUAGUAGUAGCCAUCACAGCAAUAAUGAUGAUAGAUACGGUAGAGGAAGAGAUGAUUUUCGUUCUCCUCCUCCGCCUCCGCGAUCUUAUGAUUAUGAGAACGGUGGUGGCGAUUUCAGGGGAGAUAAUAAUGGUUAUGGUGGUGUGCCUAAGAGAUCUCGGUCUUACGGAGAUAUGACUGAGAUGGGGGGAGGAGGAAGAGACGAGAAGAAAGCUGUGACGCCGUUAAGGGAAAUGACGCCGGAGAGGAUUUUCGGGAAGAUGGGUCAUUUGCAGAGGCUUCUUGAUCGGUUUUUGUCGUUGAGACCUACCGGUUUAGCUAAAGGAAGCAGGAUGAUAUUGAUCGCGUUGUACCCUGUUGUGAGGGAGAGUUUUAAGCUGUACGCUGAUAUCUGUGAGGUUCUAGCUGUUUUGCUUGAUAAGUUUUUCGAUAUGGAGUAUACUGAUUGCGUCAAGGCCUUUGAUGCGUACGCUAGUGCGGCUAAGCAGAUAGAUGAGCUCAUUGCGUUUUACAAUUGGUGUAAGGAGACUGGUGUGGCGAGAUCGUCUGAGUACCCGGAGGUUCAGAGGAUCACGGGGAAGUUGUUGGAGACGUUGGAGGAGUUUGUUAGAGACAGGGCGAAGAGAGGGAAGAGUCCCGAGAGGAGAGAGAUCGAAGCUCCUCCUCCGCAGCAAGAAGAGGAGCCUGAACCUGAUAUGAACGAGAUCAAAGCGCUUCCUCCUCCGGAGAAUUACACUCCUCCACCUCCGCCUGAACCAGAGCCUCAGCCAGUAAAACCGCAGUUCACGGAGGAUUUAGUUAACUUGAGAGAAGAUGAAGUCACUGCUGAUGACCAAGGGAACAAGUUCGCGCUCGCGCUAUUCGCGGGUCCGCCGGGAAGUAACGGCAAAUGGGAAGCUUUCUCCUCGAACGGAGUGACUUCGGCGUGGCAGAACCCCGCCGCAGAGCCCGGGAAAGCGGAUUGGGAACUGGCAUUGGUUGAAACAGCUAGUAACUUAGAGAAACAGACGACGGCUCUAGGCGGUGGCUUCGAUUCGUUGCUUCUCAACGGGAUGUACGAUCAAGGAGCGGUUAAACAACACGUGAGCACGUCGCAGUUAACGGGAGGGAGCGCGAGCAGCGUUGCUUUACCGUUACCGGGUAAAACCAACAAUCAAGUAUUGGCCUUACCUGCACCGGACGGAACCGUGGAGAAAGUGAACCAAGACCCGUUCGCGGCUUCGUUAACCAUCCCACCGCCUUCGUACGUGCAAAUGGCUGAGAUGGAGAAGAAGCAGUAUCUGCUGAGCCAAGAGCAGCAGCUAUGGCAGCAGUACCAGCGUGAAGGGAUGAGAGGUCAAGCGAGUCUGGCGAAGAUGAACACUGGUCCGAUGCCUUAUGGAAUGCCACCUGUCAACGGGAUGGGACCGCCACAACAGUUGUAUUACUACAACAACCCUUACUGA